AUGAAAGUCCCCUUAAUCCUGUUCACAACCUGUCUGAGUUGUCCAACUCAACUUUGUCCACUGCCCAGUCCCCCGAAGCUGACUCGAGCUCCAACUCAAGAUCCUUCGAUUGUAGCUACGACUACUGAAUCGUUAGCGGUAAUUUUGCACAUUUUCUGCCCUCUGCACUGUCCUGGCGAGGCCGGUCAGAUGACCGGAUCUGGAGACAAUGCAGAUAUACCCUCUUUUAUGCGAUGA